GUUCUGUGGAAAAUAUACUGCGAGAUUGUCCUAAAUGUCCAAUUCUGUUGUCUCCGAAUGACCCUCACGUGGUAGACUCUGUUGAAUAUGUGCUUGAGAAACACAAUGCAAAACUUCCCGGCCACAUUUACGAAAUUUUUGAGAUUUGAAGAGGGCAGCACAAAUAUGAGCCUGAAGCUUACUAUCUGGAGUUUGUUAUUGUGGAGGUUAACUGCACUGCUCAGGAAGCCCACGAUGACCAUCAUCAGUGCCAUCCUUAUACAGCAGGAGAAGACCAUAUGGCAUUCUGCAGAGCAACUGUUUUCAGGUCGCAUGCUAGCCUGGAAAAACCUAAAGAUGAAAAGUUUGAGUCGGACUGUGUCAUCCUUGAUGUCAAGGAUGGACACGCUCACUCCCAUUUGAUUCAGCAGCACAUUGAAAAAAACAGUAUUUCCCCAGAACACAACAUUACUAUCCUCAACUUCGUCCAUCCAGACAAUCAUACAAGCACCUCACACGAGUCUCAUGAACAUGUGGCGGAAGUCCCAGUUGCUUUCGUCAAGAAAGAACUCCCAACAGAU